CUGGCAGGGGACAGAGACCCGGAGCCAGGGCAGCGAGAAGGCACCUCACAGAUUCAGCCGAGUAGAACCAGCCCCGAGCUAGAAGGUUGAGAGGAAGGACAGACCCUUGGGCCGCACCUGCACAGACCCCAAGCACCCACCAGCCAAGUGGGACCAGCGGCAACCAGCCCCCCUCCCACCUAAGGCCCCAGCCCAUCCUCACCUCUGCCCUUCUCUUCAGAAGGAUGUCCAACACCCAGACGCAGGUGGCCCCCACACCCACCAUCCCGAUGGCCACGGCCCAGGACCUGCCCCUCCCUCCGCCGCCGCAGCCGCCGCGGGCCCCGGAGGACCUGCCGCUGCCCCCGCCCAAGGAGUCCUUCGCCAAGUUCCACCAGCAGCGGCAAGCCAACGAGCUGCGCCGCCUCUACAGGCACAUCCACCCCGAGCUCCGCAAGAACCUGGCGGAGGCCGUGGCCGAGGACCUGGCCGAGGUCCUGGGCGCCGAGGAGCCCACCGAGGGGGACGUCCAGUGCAUGCGCUGGAUCUUCGAGAACUGGCGGCUGGACGCCAUCGGGGACCACGAGAAGCCGGCAGCAGCCAGGGAGCCGGUGCCCAGCGGGGACGUCCAGGCCACCUCCCGCAGGUUUGAGGAGGGCUCCUUUGCCGGCGGCACGGGCCAGGAGCCCGCCGGACCCCCUCCGCCCUCGGGAGCGGACGUGCGUGCAGCCCGACGGCUGUUUGAGACGAAGCCGCUGGCCGAGCUCACGGGCCAGACCGAGGAGGCCCGGGCCCCGGAGGCGCCCGCCAAGGAGCCUGAGGCCAGUGGCGACGUGCAGGGCACUAGGAUGCUCUUCGAGACGCGGCCCCUGGACCGCCUGGGCUCCCGGCCCUCCGCCCAGGAGAGUCCCCUGGAGCUGCGCUCGGAGAUCCGGGAGCUGAAGGGCGACGUGAAGAAGACGGUGAGGCUGUUCCAGACGGAGCCGCUGUGCGCCAUCCGGGACGCCGAAGGCGCCAUCCACGAGGUCAAGGCCGUCUGCCGGGAGGAGAUCCAGAGCCACGCGGUGAGGUCAGCUCGCUGGCUCUUCGAGACCCGACCUCUGGAUGCCAUCAAUCGGGAUCCCAGCCAGGUGCGGCUGAUCCGGGGCAUCUCCCUGGAGGAGGGGGCCCGGCCCGACGUCAGCGCGACCCGCUGGAUCUUCGAGACGCAGCCCUUGGACGCCAUCCGCGAGAUCCUGGUGGACGAGAAGGACUUCCAGCCGUCCCCAGACCUUCUCCCCCCGGGUCCAGAUGUCCGGCAGCAGCGGUACCUGUUUGAGACCCGAGCGCUGGACACCCUCAAGGGGGAGGAGGAGGCUGUGGCGGAGGCCCCGCCCAAAGAGGAAGUAGUCCCUGGGGACGUCCGCUCCACCCUGUGGCUGUUUGAGAUGAAGCCCCAGGACACCCCCAGAGGCCAGGUCCAAGUGGGUCACCUGCAGCGGGUGGGCCCCGGGCAGGGAGAGGGGCUCAUGUGUGCGCAUCUGUCCAGUGACAGCUUCUCGGCACUAUGCCUCCCUCCAAGCGCCCCCCAGAAGGAUGGGGUGAAGGGGGACGUGAAGACUUUCAAGAACCUUUUUGAGACCCUUCCCCUGGACAGCAUCGGGCAGGGUGAGCCUUCCACCCCCGGAAACGGGAGCGAAGUAGCAGGAACGGAUUCCGCUGGGCAGGCCCAGGACACGGGGUCCCCGGUGUAUGCCGUGCAGGACGGCAGAGGCCACCUCCACGCCCUGACCUCGGUCAGCAGAGAGCAGGUGGUCGGAGGCGAUGUGCAGGGCUACCGGUGGAUGUUUGAGACGCAGCCUCUGGACCAGCUGGGCCGAAGCCCCAGCACCAUCGACGUGGUGCGGGGCAUCACCCGGCAGGAAGUGGUGGCUGGAGACGUGAGCACCGCCCGGUGGCUCUUUGAAACCCAGCCCCUGGAGGUAAUCCACCAGCGGGAGCGGCAGGAACGACAGGAAGAGGAAGGAAGGAGCCAGGCAGGGCCCCAGCCGGAGGCAGCCCCCAAGGGUGACGUGCAGACCAUCCGGUGGUUGUUUGAGACGUGCCCGAUGAGUGAGUUGGCAGAGAAGCAGGGGUCAGAGGCCACAGACUCCACAGCUAAGGCCGAGGCGCAGUCCUGCACCUGGAUGUUCGUGCCCCAAACCCUGGACAGGCCAGAAGGCUCCAGGGACCAGCACCUGCAGGUUUGCCAGGUCCGGGCCGGAGAAGGACAGACAGACAGACAUGUCUUUGAGAUCGAGCCUCUGCGGGCGUCAGGCGGUCCCUGUGGAAGAGCACCUGUGCGAUACUGCAGCCACGUGGAGAUUCCUUCAGGGCAGGUGUCUCGUCAGAAGGAGGUGUUCCAGGGCCUGGAUGCGGGCAAGAGGGAAGACCAGGGGUCAAGGGCAAUCCCUGAGCCCAUCCCUGUGGGCUCGGUGCACAAGUUCACCUGGCUCUUUGAGAAUUGCCCCAUGGGCUCCCUGGCAGCCGAGAGCAUCCGUGGGGGCGACCUCCAGGAAGAGCAGCCAGUGGGCCCGUCAGGUUCGGUACCCAAGAGGCAGGAGACUGCGAUCCAGGGGACCCUGCGGACUCUGCACGCCACGCCUGGCAUCCUGCACCGUGGGGGCAUCCUCAUGGAGGCCCGAGGGCCAGGGGAGCUCUGCCUUGCCAAGUAUGUGCUCCCGGGCCCAGGACAGGGGCCCCCCCACAUAUGGAAGGAGGAGCUGGUAUCUAGCGAGCUUCCCAGGAUUGUCCGCCUAGUGCUGAGCCGGCCAGACGUGGACCAGCAGGGGCUGCUGGUGCAGGAGGACCCCGCGGGCCAUCUCCGGCUCAGGCCCAUGAGGCUUCUAGGAGGCAGCGGGAAUGUGGACGAUCUGGACCCAGAGUUCCAGCAGUUGCUAGCAUGUGGCUUGGGCACCUCCGUGGCGAGGACUGGGCUGGUGAUGCAGGAGACAGAGCAGGGCCUGGUCUCACUGACUGCCUACUCCCUGCAGCCCUGGCUCAGCAGCAGGGCCCCCGAGAGGAGCAGUGUGCAGCUGCUGGCCAGCUGCAUAGACAAAGGAGACCUGAGCGGCCUGCACAGCCUGCGGUGGGAGCCACCGGCUGACCCAGUUCCGGUGCCAGCCAGCGAGGAGGCCCAGCGGCUGCCUGCAACGGAGAGCAUCAUUCACGUGCCCCCACUGGACCCCAGCAUGGAGAUGGGGCACCUGAGAGGCCCAGGGGCCGCCCCUGGUACCCCACAGACCAUUGCAAAGAGAAGCCUGCUGGCUGGCAAAGAAAAGCAAGAAGACUGUUGCGCUGGGCAGGAAGGGGCGGAAGCUUUGGGAAAGUCGAAAGGAGCAUCGACGACAUCACCAGGGCCCGGGGCAGCAGACCUCCAGGCCACCAUGCAGGGUCUUCGGAUGGCGACAGCGGAGGCUCAAAGCCUGCAACAGCAAGUGCUGAACAAGCCCAAGCAGGGCCCCACCCCUGGAGCUGUCUCCACACCCUUCCAGGAUGGUCUUCCGCAAGCACUGGCCGCUGCCACUGGGACUGCUCAAAGCAACACCAGGCCCACGGCUGGAGGUGACCCCAGGAUCCCAGCAGCCCCCAAAAAGGUCAGUGGGGAACAGAAAGUACUGCCCACGGGGCUGCCUGGGGGGCGGGUGACUAUUCAGGACGGCGUCUACAAUGCUCACCCCGUGAGGACCUGUGACCUACCUGGGAGUGUUCAGCCCUUUGAGAGGGAACACCCACCAAGGGGCGGGGAGACUGUCUGCUUGACCCAGGCUUCCAGCCCACUCCACGAAUGCCCAGGUCAGAGUCUUGGGCAAAGCCGGGAAGAACCUGGGGGCUGCACACAGAGAGCCUGGGGGCCUCCAGAGAAAGCCAUGGCCGAAGUCAGCCCCCAAGCUGCAGAGACCACCCUGAAGGCUGCCUCUUCAGCCCAUUACACUCUGACCUCUGGGCCUCCAGCUGCAGGAGACGGCCUGCAUUCCCAUAAUGCCUCUGAUCCUCCUCCUCCUCUCCCAGCUGCUGUGACAGGACCUGACUUCCCGUCCCAAGCCCACCGCGAUAAGGACUCCAGCCCUGCCGGCCAAACAAGCCCUGGGGAGUCACAAACAAAGACCCCAAAUCUGGAGCCCACCUUCCCACCAAGAAAGAAGCCCCAGCUGCCCCCAAAACCUGCACACCUAGGCCAGAUCCCCCCUCCUCAGAGGCUGCCCAAGCCCUCAGCUCCAUCUCCCAGCUCCUCGCAAGGAAAAUACAAACAGGGUGAGACAAAGGCAGCCACGCCUCAGCCUGGCCCUCAGCAUGGUCCCAGCACCAUGGCCCCUGGGCCGACCAAGAGUCAGGCUAUGGGCAGCAAUGUCCAGAGCCCUGAGCCCCCCAAGGUCUCAGCUCUCAACAGUGACCCCACCUCACCACGGCACGGCCCCGGCACCCCAGGAGAGAAGCUGAUGGAGUGUUCCCAGCAGGGGGCCCCUGAGAGCUGUGAGACUCAGCAGGGAAGCCCGCAAGAGCUCCAGAACCUCCUGAGCCAGGUGCAAGCCCUGGAGAAGGAGGCUGCGAGCAGCGUGGACGUGGGGGCGCUGAGGAGAAUCUUUGAGGCUGUGCCCCAGCUAGAAGGGGCCCUUCAGGCUCCUGCUGCCCCCCAUAAGCCUGAGGCCUCGAUGGAGCAGGCCUUUGGGGAGCUGACGAGGGUCAGCAUGGAGCUCUCCCGGCUGAAGAAACAGACCCUGACCAGGCUGCUGAGCAUCGAGGAAGCUGUGCACAAGGCCCUCAGCAAAAUGUCCGGCCUCCAGCCCGAGGCUAACACCCGGGGCUAUCCCCAAGGUCCCCUAGAGGACCACGGUGCCUACAAGGUCAGUGUCAUGGACAGCAGUGGAGCCAGGCCCAACUGCUCAGGGGAGAAAGUCAGGGGUCAAACUGCACCUAGGAGCCAACCUGAGGUUACGUGCCACACUGAGGUCCAGAGUCAAGCCAAGGUCAAAAGUCACACAGAGACCAGAGGUCCAGCAGACUCACCCGCGCCUUCCACCAGGAGGAUGGAGACACUGAGAGAAGAUGCAGGCAUCCCUCCAGUCUCGCCUUCUAGCAGAGAUGCAUCCUCCUCCCCAACCUUCAUCUCCUUUAAGUCAGCCGCAAGGAAACUUCCAGAGGCUCCCAGCCCCGGGGGCAGCCCAGCUGUCUCAGUGCAAAGCACACACCUGGCCCAGGAUGUGAGCCAGGCCCCCCUCCACCAGAAAGGUAUCCGGGCCAAGGCCGGGGAAAUAGAGGUCACCCAGGGCUCUGGACAGCCCGGGCCUACCCUUGCCUCAGCCGGCACCCUGCCAGGGGCCCAGAAGAGUGUCCUGGAGCUCCAGACUGGGCCUGGGGGCUCCCAGCGCUGGGAAGCCAUGAGAACUGGGACUGAGCAGUACACGGAGGCGGGCCAGUGCGGGAACGCCCUCCUCACACCUUCCACUAUGGCCACGGAGCAGGCAGAGCCCUCGGGGGGCCCAGGUCCCCACCUCGGGCUCCAGGCCUCCCCCUUGCUAAAGCCGUUCCUGCACAGCCCGGCCGAGCUGAGCGGCCACUCCCAGUCUGCAGCCCAGUGAGCCCCUCCGCCUCCCACCUGCCCUGGGAACUGAGGUGGGUGCCUCCGACCUGCACACAGGAUGGCAGGAGGAAAGGGCCUCUCUCGUCAGCUCCCUCAAUAAGGCCCCGUUCUUGCAAAGGGAGAAAGAUUGGGAAAAGGCCCACGGAGCGGCUGGGCCCAGGUGUAGGAUGGGGGCUCGCGCUGUUUGUGGAGGUGAUGUGAGCAGACACCUCACACAGGACUGGCCGGCACGCUGACAUCCAUGAGUCUGCACGCCACUGCUCCAGCCGGAGUCCCCGGAGUGACCUGCCACCCUCAGCCUUUAUUUCUAUUAGGAGUCGAAAUGUUCUCAGCCAUCUGUGCCUUAAGUCCCGGAGGGGACAGGGUCAACUAGAC